GCAUCCUGCCUUUCCCUGAAGCAUUGCACGAUCCUCACUGCUUGAAAACUUGGUUAUCUUUCCUUGCAGAGUGUGAGGGAAAUCAACAUGCAGGGCAAACGCACAGUCACAAAGACCCGCAUUCUCUUGUGGCCCCUUCUGCUCUGUUUGUUCGUGGCGAAGUCGCUCAGCGCGGUGGAGGACAUCGUAGUGACCACCAAAGCGGGGCCAGUCCGAGGGAUGAACUUGGCCGUUCUUGGAGGCACCGUGACCGCCUUUCUCGGAAUCCCUUAUGCUCAGCCGCCUCUUGGUCGACUUCGAUUCCAAAAGCCACAACCCGUGGACAGGUGGCUCGACGUUUGGAAUGCCACAAACUAUGCCAAUUCCUGCUAUCAGAACCUAGAUCAAAAUUUCCCGGGCUUCCCGGGAUCAGAGAUGUGGAACCCGAACACAGCCCUGAGCGAAGACUGCUUGUACCUGAAUGUGUGGGUUCCAGCACCCAAACCCAAAAACGCCACGGUCCUGGUGUGGGUUUACGGCGGUGGCUUUCAGACAGGGACUUCCUCUUUAAAUGUCUAUGAUGGCAGAUUCCUGGCUCGGGUGGAAAGGGUUAUCGUUGUGUCUAUGAACUACAGGGUGGGAGCGCUGGGAUUUUUAGCUCUCCCUGGAAAUCCCGAGGCUGCAGGGAACGCAGGCUUGUUUGAUCAACAGCUGGCCCUUCAGUGGGUGCAGAACAAUAUAGCAGCCUUUGGUGGCAAUCCUAACAGCGUGACUCUCUUUGGAGAAAGCGCAGGGGCAGUUUCAGUGAGCCUUCAUUUGCUGUCGCCUCAAAGCUACCCCUUGUUCCUCAGAGCUAUUCUACAAAGCGGGUCCGCGAACGCUCCUUGGGCAGUGAUGGCCCCCUCGGAGGCCAGGAAUAGAACCCUGACGCUCGCCAAGCUUGUUGGUUGCUCUAGGGAGAAUGAGACCGAGCUCAUCCAUUGUCUCCAGCACAAGGAUCCCCAGGAAAUUCUCCUGAAUGAAGUCUUUGUCCUUCCCCACGAAAGCCUCUUGUCAGUCAACUUUGGCCCCACGGUGGACAAUGAUUUCCUUACUGACAUGCCGGACACCCUACUCCAAACUGGACGAUUCAAAAGCACUCAGAUCUUGGUGGGUGUGAACAAGGAUGAAGGGUCAGCUUUUCUAGUGUAUGGGGCCCCCGGUUUCAGCAAAGACAAUGACAGCAUCAUAACGAGAAGUCAGUUUGAAGAAGGGUUGAACAUGUUUUUCCCACAAGUGGGGGAAUUGGGGAAGGAUUCUAUCCUUUUCCACUACGUUGACUGGCUAGAUGAUCAGAGACCAGAGAAGUACAGGGAAGCCUUUGACGAUGUGAUUGGCGAUUACAACAUCAUAUGUCCUGUGCUGGACUUUGCCAAGAAGUUCUCUGAUUUGCAAAAUAAUGUCUUUUUCUACUAUUUUGAGCACCGAUCCUCCAAACUUCCUUGGCCAGAAUGGAUGGGAGUGAUGCAUGGGUAUGAAAUUGAAUUUGUCUUCGGUAUGCCUUUGGAAAGAAGAUUGAAUUACACAAAACCUGAGGAAAUUCUGAGUAGAUCUAUGAUGAAACGCUGGGCAAAUUUUGCAAAACAUGGGCAUCCAAAUGGGACCCAGAGCAACAACACAAGAUGGCCGCUCUUCAUAAGCCCUGAAGAGAAAUACUUAACCUUGGAUACAGACUCACCAAAGAUAUACUCUAAACUACGAGCUCAACAUUGCCGAUUUUGGAAACUAUUUUUUCCCAAAGUCUUGGAAAUGACAGGAAAUAUUGAUGAAGCAGAACAAGAGUGGAAGGCAGGGUUUCUUCGCUGGAACAAUUACAUGAUGCACUGGAAAAAUCAAUUUAACGAUUACACUAGCAAGAAAGAGAGCUGUAUGGGUCUCUAAUUAGUAGAUUUAGCCUUAUGGAAGGUUCAUUUUCCUCUAGAUGAAGGAAAAAUGUAUUAGCAGCUUUGUACACACCUCAGAAAAAUGCUAUUGUAAAAGUGAAAUAAAACACUAGAUGAGUUAUAAACAUUAUUGACAUCAUCACUAUUUUGCCCAGCAUUUCAAAACCCAAAUCACUGAAAGAUGCUUUG